GCUUUUAUUUGUGCAGCUUUUCUCUCUUUUGUAUAGUUUGGUACCUUUCUGAUUGUUAACUUGAAUUUGCGCAAAUUAACUCUGAAAGAAUUGAACUAAUGACCUUGUGCAACUCAAUUUCACUUGAACCUGUUAGAGAUAGCUUCAAAGAGGAAAAAAGUCACAGAUGAUCCAAAGUCUAUCAUGUCUGCGGCAUUUGUUUCAUUUAAAACACGAUGGGGUGCCGCUGUAUGUGCUCAAACUCAACAAACUAGAAACCCAACACUCUGGUUGACUGAAUGGGCUCCAGAGCCACGAGAUGUAUAUUGGCGAAACCUGCCAAUUCCAUACUUUUCCCUCUCUGUCAGGAGGUUAAUCAUGGCCGUUGCUUUCUUCUUCCUCACUUUCUUUUUCAUGAUCCCAAUAUUAUUUGUUCAAACACUUGCAAGUAUUGAGGGAAUCGAAAGGACUGCACCAUGGUUGAAGCCACUUGUUACUGUCCCUUUCAUUAAGUCAUUCAUUCAAGGUUUUCUACCUGGGAUCGUGUUGAAGCUUUUCUUAAUCUUUCUUCCCACAAUACUGAUGAUCAUGUCCAAAUUUGAAGGCUUUGGAUCUAUAUCAUCUCUUGAAAAGAGAUCAGCUUCUAGGUAUUAUCUGUUCAAUUUUGUGAAUAUAUUUCUUGGGAACGUACUCACUGGAUCGGCAUUUCAACAGCUGAACUCUUUCGUUCACCAACUAGCCAAUCAAUAUCCUAUAACAAUUGGCACUACGAUUCCUUUAAAAGCAACUUUCUUUAUAACUUAUAUCAUGGUUGAUGGAUGGUAAUUUAAUGUGUUUGAUAUCUCCAAAUUAUUGGAGGCACUAUAUUGGAAAGGGGUACCAAUUUUUGACAUGGGCAGCCAUAUGAGCAGAGUGGAUGUCGGCUGGGGGUCUCCAACAGUUCAUAAAAUGGGUACCAGGUUUGAUAAUUAAUUGAUUAUAUGUUGUACUUGAUUUUAUGCAUUAUUGUCAAGAAUUCUUUGAUCUCUUCUUCUAAUUGUUUGGUAGAAAGUUUGAGGAGGUACUUCUCCUAUAUUUAGUCUUGAGAUUUUAUCUUACAUACCUUCUAUAAUUGUUAUAGUGUUAUGGCAAAUUAUAAUGCCUUGUUCUGCAACAAUAGUUUAGUGUCUUAUAACUAAGUAUCAAAAGUCAUAUAUAUCACUGGUUUAAGUGUGUAUUUGAUUGUUUAAUUAGACUAAAACAUUGUUAUUUAUCCUUAUGCAGAUUGUUGACUCAAUAAUAUCGCAUGGAUGAAUUCCGUGGAAGGACAGAGUGAAAAAUAGAAUCCUAGGAUUGGACUUAUUUUUAUUUG